UCCGGACCAGCUACGUCGGCACAGGCUGACGGGAGUCACGUUGUAAGUUCGGGUUGGGUCUGGACCUCGCCUGAGCCUACGCAUUCCACGAUGACAGGCUUGCCACGCUGCGGUGGCCCUUAGGUGUGCGCGACAGGCAUUCGGAUCAACUGAGAAUACAAACCUAAGCCCUAAGAUUUCUCACCGGUUUGCGCUCUCGCCUAGGCUCGGGCUGCUUGCGGACUGGCCUCCUUAGUCUCGCUUCUCCCCUCUCCGAAAGCUGAGGUAGGCCCUUGGGCGCGGAGAACGUGGGUCCAGGGCGAGACGGUUGAGGCACGACUGCCCUGUCCCACCAGCGAGGGAAGAAGGGAAGUUUGCCCUCAGCGCUGUAGCUUCUCAGUCUGGGCGGCUGACACCAGAGGUAGGUGGUGGCCCACUCACGCAGUUACUGAUAUAGAGCGGCAUCAGCUUACUGUUGGCAGGUCCCUGGGCAAACAGUGUGUGAGAUGGGACGAACAUCAAAGGACAAGCGGGAUGUCUACUACCGCCUGGCCAAGGAGAAUGGCUGGCGUGCCCGCAGCGCCUUCAAACUGCUACAACUCGACGAGGAAUUCCAACUCUUCCAAGGCGUGACACGGGCAGUUGACCUGUGCGCAGCCCCGGGCAGCUGGAGCCAGGUGCUGAGCCAGAAGAUUGGGGGCCAGGGGUCUGGCCACGUGGUGGCUGUGGACCUUCAGGCUAUGGCUCCAAUACCAGGUGUGUUACAGAUCCAGGGAGACAUCACCCAGCUGUCCACUGCCAAGGAGAUCAUCCAGCACUUUGAGGGCUGCCCCGCGGACCUAGUCGUGUGCGAUGGGGCUCCCGAUGUAACUGGCCUCCAUGAUGUUGAUGAGUAUAUGCAGGCCCAGCUCCUUCUAGCCGCUCUAAACAUUGCUACACACGUCUUGAAGCCAGGGGGCUGCUUUGUAGCCAAGAUCUUCCGAGGCCGGGAUGUGACACUGAUCUACAGCCAGCUGCGUGUUUUCUUCUCCAGCGUGCUCUGUGCCAAGCCUAGGAGCAGCCGGAACUCCAGCAUCGAGGCCUUUGCUGUCUGUCAGGGUUAUGACCCCCCUCAGGGCUUCUUGCCGGACCUGACCAAACCCCUGCUGGACCAUUCUUACGAUUUCAACCAAUUAGACGGUCCUACCCGCAUCAUUGUGCCCUUUGUGACCUGUGGGGACCUGAGCUCCUAUGAUUCGGACCGCAGUUACCCACUGGAUCUAGAGGAUGGCUCAGAGUACAAAUACACUCCACCCACGCAGCCCCCCAUCUCGCCACCAUACCAGGAGGCCUGCACGUUGAAGAAGAAGGGGAGGCUGGCCAAGGAGAUCCGCUCCCAGGACUGCCCCAUCAACACAGUGGAUACAUUGCCCCAACCCCUGGCUGCCCUGCAGCGCCACACCAUGCUGGCUUCUGAGGUCUGGAACUGUGGCCCAAGACCUGCAGUGCCUUUUUUCUGAACCCCCAAUGCCCCCAUUCCCAGUGUGCCUCUUUCUGCCCGCAAAUCACGUGGUUUCUGGGGCCAAAAUUCUCUUCCCUGCCUCCCCAUCCAUAGCUAUAAAAAUCAAUGGGUAAAGCCCAGUAUAAUGAAUAGAAAAGUUUAGCCAAGUAUCUGAGUCCCUUUUCUUUUUCUUGGGUAGGUGGAAGACAGUGAAAUGAAUUGUUCGCCUUAACACAUCAGGUAAAUUGGCCUUUUUAUCUGAGAGUUUGAAUAUAGGGCACCUUUGAGAAAAAAGAUCAGUAAAAUCUCACCUUUGAUGCUUUUACAUCGACCAAUAAGAUUUCAGUCAGCAAAUCUUAACUAAGCACCUGAUGUUGUUUGUCAGGAACUGCUUUAAGCACUUGACGUGGUACAUAUUUUGAGGCAUUCGGUAAACAUUUAUUAAGCACGUAUUGUGUUCUGGGUGUUGUUCUAGGUUUGGAGGUAGAGUGGGGAACAAAACAGGCAAAUAUCCUGGCCCUCGUAGAGCUUCUAGAUCGGGGAAGAGGUAACAAACAAUAACACAGUCUAUGAAUGAAUGCAGGAGUUUCCACACAAACGCACACAUAUAUAGCUUGCAUUUCAAUAUGUAUUUAUACAGUUUGCAUUGUAAUAUGUAUGCAUGUGUAUGUACACAUAUAUUUUAUAUAUAGUAUGUAAAAGUAAUAUUGGAUGUGAAAAAAAAUUUCAAUAAAGCAAGGUGAAGAGAAUCAGGAA